GGUGAGGGGGCGGGGCGGAGGGCGACGGGCUCCGGCACAGCGUGCUGCCCGCACGGCGGCGGCCCGGCCGGGCCCUGCCGGCGCCCGAUGGAGGCGGCGCGGAGCUGUAACGGGUACGCGCGGCCCGAGAGGCCGCCGCCCUCCGCGGGCGCCGAGACGCCGCGCGUCCCCCCCGGUGGCAGCGGGAACGGCUGGCGGGGCGAGCGGCCCCGCAGCGAGGAGGACAACGAGCUAAGCCUGCCCAGCCUGGCGGCCGCCUACACCACCAUCCUGCGCUCGCUGGGCGAGGACCCCGAGCGGCAGGGGCUGCUGAAGACGCCCUGGAGGGCCGCCACCGCCAUGCAGUUCUUCACCAAGGGCUACCAGGAGACCAUCUCGGAUGUUUUGAAUGACGCCAUCUUUGAUGAAGACCAUGAUGAGAUGGUAAUUGUGAAGGACAUAGACAUGUUCUCAUUGUGUGAGCAUCACCUCGUUCCAUUUGUUGGAAAGGUACAUAUUGGCUAUCUUCCUAACAAACAAGUACUUGGCCUCAGCAAGCUUGCUAGGAUCGUGGAAAUAUACAGUAGAAGAUUACAAGUCCAGGAGCGCCUUACCAAACAAAUUGCAAUAGCUAUCACAGAAGCCUUACAGCCUGCUGGAGUUGGAGUGGUUAUUGAAGCUACGCAUAUGUGUAUGGUAAUGCGUGGGGUACAGAAAAUGAACAGUAAAACAGUAACCAGCACAAUGUUGGGGGUAUUCCGGGAAGAUCCAAAGACCCGUGAAGAAUUCUUGACACUCAUCAGGAGCUGAAACUGUGUUAUUCUCUAAAUGCACUCUGGAGAUUGUUCUGUCCAGUGUCGCUGUCUGUUCUUACUUGUUCCUACAUCUCACUUUUAAACUAAAUUGUUGUGAAUUGUUGUCAUAGUCUUUGUGAAGUAAGAGACUUCUGAUGGCAAAUGAAAAAUGUAAUGAUGAGGUAGGCUCCUCCUGGAUUUCCAAUGAUGCUGAUGUCACAGGAUUACAAGCUACAAGUAGGGUUUUGGAAAUGUUUUUCCACCCACAAUGCAGAAUAUGCUGGUGUUAAGAGAGAAGUGGGGCUUGGGAGUGAAAUGGAUAUUUAUGAAAUAAUUAUGUUUAUUAGAAUAAAUAUGGAGCAGCACAAGAAACACCUGCAAGUCUGUGGAUCCUUUGUAGGACCACUUAUGCUGCAGAUACUGUACUGCUGCUGAAAAGGAUGGUCCUGAAUUCUCUCUGACUGUAUUUUAUUACAAGUCCUACAGUGGCUGUUUCGGUAUCUAGAUAUAUAUGUUAUACCUCUUUGAGAUGUUACCUCUGGUGGUGUUUUAUAUUCUUGCUAGUAUUAAUGCUCCUUUUUUUGAUUGUGGGUGGGUUUUUUUUGUUUGAGAAAUUUAAAACACAUUUUUCCUAGCCUCCUAACAUGCAAGGAAUUAGCUUCUAAAUUAUUUGGGACACUGUUUUAUCUCAAUGUAAAGGGGUUUAUGCACCUUUUUUGCUGUGCCUCAGAAUGUCUGACCACUUUCACUGUCAAUUUCUUGCUAUUUUUAAGCAAACUUUAACGGGGGGAGGAGAAAAACCCCAGAUUCUGUCUGCAAAGUGCUAAAAUAUCCAAAGAGGUUUUUAAUGGUAUUUAUUAUUUUGAGCUUCCCUUGGAUUUCCAUGGGUUAGACAGAGAAGCUAAAACUAGUCAUAAUCUGAAAAUGGAAGACUUCUCUUCAAGCAUUUAAAGACUUGUCUCAUAAAUUUUGGACCAAAGGGGUGAGCACUGAAAUCCUGAACACAGCACAUUGUACCCCUCCUGCCUGAUGGCAGGUCGUUUCAGGGCAAAGUAACCUGAAAUGACAACAACUUAUUUCAUAAGAGCAAUUGAGAAAAGCAUUUCCAGGGCCAUCAAAAUUAAUUAAACCACAUUUUUCUGUUUAUGUGGCAACCUCUGUAUGUGGCAGUAUUGGUACAAAAAGUUUCAGUCGGCUGGACUUGACUGAACUUCUUAUACUUUGUUACAAUUUUAAUGGGUGUUUUGUAACUCUUAAUUGGGAAAACAUGAGAUACAAAUGAAAACCACCCUUCUCAAACUAAGCACAGGAGGCAAAACUUAAAAAAUAAAAUGUCAGCCAGGGUGUCAGAUGCCCACAAUGCAUGUUCCCACAGUCGUAUCUGCUUUGGCGAAUAUGAAUCCAAGAUGUUCUGUAUGCUAACCUAAAAGGCAGUUCCUGGUCUGGCAAGCUUGAUCUUACCAACAUUCCUGUCUCUUGCCUCAACCCAUGUUGGAAAUGAAAUGAAAAUUUAAGUUCUGGCAAAUUUCCAUUGGGCCUAAAGGACUUCCAAGAACAACCACCUCAUGUGUUUAAUAAUACUCAUUUUACCUUGACCUUAACAGCAUUAUUGGAAAAAUCUUUUAUCCUCCGUUCUGGAUUCUGUAGAGUUUAGGUGCUAUAGCAGUGUUUGUCUGCUAGUGUAAACGAGCUGUGUGGUACACAUUUAUAAAAUACACUAACUCUAUGGCAUUUGUUUUCCUUAAAUGAUUGAGAGCAGACCUUUUCAGUUCAGUAUAUGUUUCAAAUAUCCAGCUGAAAAGCCUUAAAUCUUUCUUGCCUGAAAAAAAAAAAAGAGUAAAACUCUUUCUCUUUUUAGCUCAACAACUGGAAGGAGAAUUUGGUGACUGCACUAGUACAUUUGUUUCUCUUUGCCUAUUUAGUUUGGAAAGUAAAAAGUCUCUGUAAAAGACUGUCUUGCUCCUGAGGUAAUGAAAAGGUUGUGUUUUAACCACUUAUCUCUGUUCAGGAUAAAGUUCACAUUGCACCACCACUGUUUUUUUUAUUUCCAUGCGACCUGUAGUCCUUAAAACAUACCUCUCUAUACUUGUGGCCUUGGAUUUUGUUCACCUUUUUUUUUGUCGUUGUAAGACUUGGUGCAUUUUUUUGAACAUUAGUAUUAUUGUUCAAAUACAUGAGCUUUAACUACACCCAGUGUGUAUAUAUGUAUAGUACGUACAGCCUGCUGUUGUACCACAAAAGUCCAUUGUCUCUAAAAUAUUAAAGCACAGUAUUAUCCUUUGGAA